AUGAAGAUGCCCAAUCUCACAGGUACUCUCGGCGGCAUGUCGCUGUCAUCCCCGCAUCGCGUACUUGUUGUUGGCUGCGCAUAUGGAGGUGUCUCAGCGAUCGUCAACCUGCUCGAGUACUCCAACGGAAAGGCCAGACAGAGCGUGUACCCAGGGCCAGAGUUCCAGGGCGCCAAGAGCAGGCGAGGCGUCGAAAUCACUGUCAUCGACGAGCGGGACGGAUACUUCCACUCGGUGGGUGCUCCGCUUGCUCAUGUGGUGCCAAAGUACACAAGUCACAUGUGGAAGCGCUUCUCGCAUCUGAACGAGCUAAAGCAGCCCAACUUGACUUUCAAGCAUGGCUCGGUCACAAGCAUCAAUCCGGAGGCCAAGGUCGCGGAGUGGUCUGACCGCAACGGCAAGACUCAGCAGCAGGCGUACGACUACCUCGUGGUAGCGACAGGGCUGAAGAGGCACUGGCCCGCAGUACCAAAGUCUGGUAGCUACGAAGAGUAUCUGAGAGACGGCAAGAGCUUCGUUGAGAAGAUCACCGGCGGUGACGAAUCGAAGCACGAGGGACGGCGGGUGGUAGUCAUCGGCGCUGGCGCCGUUGGUAUUGAGUUUGCUGGUGAGAUCAAGCGGCACUACCCUAAGAUCGGCGUUACACUUGUUCACUCGCGCGACCAAGUCCUGUCGUCGGAGCCGCUGCCAGCAGAGCUCAAGGACCGCGUAGGGACGAUGCUGAAGGAGGAAGGCGUAGACGUCGUGCUGGGGUCAAGAGCCACGAUUGAAGAGUUGUCGAGCGGCAAGUUCGAAGUCACCCUUGUCAACGGUGAGACGAUCACAGCAGACUUUGUCAUCGACUCGACAAGAAAGGGCAUGCCCACUACAGACAUCCUGCCCGACGCAUGCCUGAACGAGGACAAGGAGAUCAAGGUCGGCAACAAUCUGAUGUUCAAAGACACGAUCCCGAACCACACAUCGCAUUUCGGCGUUGGCGACGUCAUUCAAUGGACCGGUAUCAAGCGCGCCGGUAGCGCAACAGUAAUGGGCCAAGCCGCCGCCCAAAACAUCUACGCCGCGAUUCUGAAUUCCGAGCUCGCAGAGACAGCCCCAGCGUCCGACCGCCUGGGGCAGACCGAGCUGCCGUCGUGGGACGCCGUGAUUGGAAUCGCGGUCGGCAAGCAGUGCCUCACCUACGACCCCAAGAACGGCAUCAAGUACGGUGUUGAGGUGAUGCAGAGCUACUUUGGCGAGGACUUGGGCUGGGCCGCGAGUCUGAAGUACAUGGGUCUGACGGACACCGUUGACCCGGUUGAGGCCGAGUUCGAGGAGCCCGCGGCGACGAAGCUUACAGAGGUUGGUAUCAAGCCGGUCAGCAUCGCAGCAUAG